AUGGGUUCCGUUGCCACUCUCACACCAGGCCUUGAGCCGCUUUGCCGCAUUAUUACACCGAUUGGGAUGCUGGGCUAUGGUUUUGACGAGUCCGACAUCAAGGACGCUUUGGAACACUCAUCGAUCAGUAAAAUACCCACUGCAAUCAUUUUGGACUCUGGCUCUACCGAUUCAGGACCCAUGAAGCUGGCAUUAGGAACAAUGACAUGCCCUCGCGCGUCCUAUGAGAGAGAUUUACGGAAGCUUGUCAACAUAGUAACCAAAUACCGUCUUCCGGUUCUCAUUGGAUCAGCAGGAGGAGAUGGAAGCAACGAACAUGUCAGGGAGCUUGUGAACAUUAUCAAAGAGAUUAUGGCAUCUUCAACCAACAGUGCUGCUCAGCUGAAAGUGUUGGCGAUAUACAGCGAGAUUGACGGCAGCACCGUAUUGGAACGGCUGCGUACGGGAAGUGUCUCUGGCUGUGGCCCCUGUGUGCCCCCCUUGACGGCUGAAGACGUCGAAGCCACCAAGACAAUUGUUGGACAAAUGGGCCCAGAGCCUUACGUACGAGCCAUGUCUGCCCAUCCAGACUUUGACAUUAUUAUUGGCGGCCGUGCCUACGACCCAGCGCCGUAUGUUGCCUUUUGCGCCUACCAAGCCUUUGAUCAAUCUUAUCGCCCCGUCCUAUCCCUUGACAGUCAUGUGUUGGGCGGGUUCACACAUAUGGGCAAGAUUAUGGAAUGUGGCGGCUUAUGCGCUACGCCUAAGAGCCCUUCUUCUCAAGCGACGGUCUACAGAGACGGGACAUUCGACGUACGACCGCUUCUUCCUGGAGCUCUGUGUACUCCCACCAGCGUUGCUGCUCAUACGCUCUACGAGAAAUCUCGCCCUGACCAGCUUCAUGGCCCUGGAGGAUAUAUCAAUCUUUCGUCCUCCACCUAUUCACCACUAUCAGAUAACUGCUCGGUCAGGGUCAGAGGAACGACAUUUCAAUCUUCAAAGAGAGACGGCGGUUGUUACACAGUCAAACUAGAAGGUGCCAAAGUCAUCGGUUACCGGACGAUAUUCAUGGGAUCCUUUGUGGAUCCGAUUCUUAUAUCUCAGCUGCACCCCCUCUUGGAUAGGAUAAAGGCGUACGUGGCUAAGCAACACGAACAUAUCACGGAGAAAUGGGAGCUUGGAUUCCAUGUAUACGGAUACGACGAGGCUAACAAGGCGGUCCAUGCAAAGAAUGUGUUUCUGGUCGCUGAAGCACUCGCCGAGACACAAGCAACAGCUACGAGCAUUGCUUCGACUGCUCGAGUUGGGUGUGUCCAUGGACCAUAUAAAGGCCAAAAAGCCACGAGCGGCAAUUUUGGCUUUGGGCUGGGUGGAAAGGGAGAGAUUGAGACAGGUCUCUGUGCCGAGUUUUCAGUCUAUCAUUUGAUGAACCUGCAAGAUGAGGAAGAAGACGCCUCCGAAAUUCUUGACGAUGAUGACAGCAAACAAAAGCGGCUAUUCUCGUUUGAAGCUCUCCUGGUCGGAACGGGAGAACGAUUACGACGCAGGCAUCAAGAUGCUGAGACAACUGAUCAACUUGAGGAUGCAAUCUUGUACCCAACACCAGCCAAUGCAGUACCCGAGAUUGUGCACCCUGUCCCAUUCCUGCAGACCAUCGGAGAGGCAGCAAAGGUGAUUAGGUCGAAAAACGCGGGCCCAUACGAAAUCACAUUCGACAUCAUCUUUAACGACAAAGAGACGUAUGACAGAGUUAAAAAUUCUGGCGUCCUUCGACGUGAAUUAAUUGCAGAGUUAUACGACCUUUCGGUUGAGAAUAUUGUAUUUUGUGGUUUCUUCGACCAGGCUUUGGCAUUUAAGGCUACUAUUCCUCGUAUGCGCGAUGGACGGCCUGCGGUAUCUGGUGGUUUUAUGGAAGAUGAUGUUCAUGGGUCGCAGAAAUAUCUACCUCUGAUGAAUUUGAAACUGAGUGGGAAAUGA